GGUGGCAUACUAGAGAAGCUGAGAAAUUUAUUAGCUGAGUUGUAGGGAGCAUCCGGAUACGGUUUUUGGGGCAGUGCUACCAUUGGUUCUCUAAGUAUCAAAAUAUCUCAUUUCAUUACAACUUUGACAAUAAACGUGGAAAUCAAAUCAGUGAUAAACUUUUUCGCAUCCCAGAUUAGAGAACAUCAGAAAAAUCAGUGACAAACUUUCUCAACUUUCACUUUAUUUGUUAAUCAGUCUCUUGAAUUUGAUUUUUACCGCACUUCAUGUCUCCUGAUGCCGAGACGAUUAUAAGAUCUGCCGUUCUUCAACUUUAUAACAAUCAAUCUACUGUUGCUCCUGCACUUGUUCGAUUACUCUUCCAUGAUUGCUUCAUUAUGGGAUGAAAUGCAUUUAUGCUGUUAAACUCGACGAAUGUGAAAUCGUUGAAGCUUUGUUUCAAAUGGAGGAUUUACUAAGAAGAAUUUUUCAUUCAGUAUUUCUGGGUUUUCUCGUCGAAUUGGUGAAGACUGGGACUAGAUAUUGAUUUCAGAUAAGUUCCACCAGCUAUAUCAUGUUUCUUUGUAAUUGCAUUUUAUCUGUUGAAUUGUUCGACAGUACUGGAUUUUUCAUGUAGAUAAGAGUUCGACUUUCGGCAUGAAAUACUUGGCCAAGGAUCUGGAUUUCUGCAACUCAUUUAUUACCCUAAGUGGUAGAUUUAUGCUCAUGGUGCUUUCUCCAAUUUUUCGAAAUCCCAAGUGUUCAGUAUGAGCUUUCCGGUUUCAGUUUCUCAAAUUGGUAGUCCUCCAUUACCGAUGAUUUUGUGAUUAUACUGCCAGUUAACUGAUGGUCUCUAAUGAUUUGGGGUUUCUGAGUUACAACGUGUUCACGAGGAAUUUGGUGGUUUUCUUCUUCUCUCAGCACGCACCAUGCCUUGAACUGGUGACCUUAUGGUUAUGGCUAUCAGCUAUACCACUUAAGGCACGGAGGCGUUGGUAGGAAUUUGAUGGUUUUGCUAAUUGCAAUUUCAAGUGUUUUUUGUUUUUUGGGGGACAGCAAUUCCAAAGUGUUGUUAUACUUCCCUAACUGCAGGAUUUCUACAUUUGCAAAAACUUUUUGAUAUUUGUUGUUUUAGUGUUCCGUUACUUGCCUUCCUCAUAUACUUGUUAUCCCAGCUAACACUGCUUACCCUCGCAUGAGUGCCUCAGCUGUUAACCAAGUCUUUGAGUACUGCUGGGUGUCUACAUGGUGCUACUGAAGCAAUUAGCAAGCUUACCAUUAUGGGUUUCCUAUAAUUUGUGUGGGUUCAGCGAUUAGGGGAUCGCAGAACACAUCUAGUCACACAUCUAGUCUGACGUGUCUCUAAGCCAGCUCAUCAUCACAUCCAGGUAAUUCCAGCCUGGAAAACCCUAAAGUCGUGACCGUAUUUUUACUACUUAUAUCAACUCUGUACUCCCCUUCAAUUCUUACUACCAAGUUAAGUAAAAGAAAGUAUACUAAAAGCGAAUUCAGACGAUACUGCAUUCUUUAAUAAUGGCGGAAGAAUACAGCAUUUCAAGAAACCAAGAAAUCAUAGAUCAAGUUGCUGAAUCUACUGGUGAAAUUAGGACUACAACCGUAUUAAACACAACAGCCGCUGAAACUGACAAUUCCUACAUUGACAAGAAGUUCAAGACUGCUAGGAUCUUCCAUUCCUACAUUCACAAUAAGGGUUACAAAACACAGACUGCAGCUAGGAAAUUGGAGAUAGUUAACUCCUUGGAGUCGUUAAUGGUGGAUUGGACCACAGAGAGAAAGAAUGAGUUUAAGCUUUUGUUCUUGGAAGACUCGAGUGAUGAAGAAAAAAGCUUGCUUAGUUCAAGUGAUGAUGAUGAUUUCAACUUUCAAGCUCCAGCUAUGCUAUCAAAUAAGGAUCAAGUUGCUGAAUCUAUUGGUGAACCUAGGACUACAACCGCGUUAAACACAACAGCCGCUGAAACUGACAAGUCAAGGAACCAGGAACAUACUUUCAAGACUGCUAGGAUCUUCCAAUCCUUCAUUGACAAGGGUCCUGCUACCAGAGUUCCCUAUGAGCCACAGGAGACCAUGAGAUCCACAUCCACGAGGGCGCCAAGGAAGGCACCGUGGGCGGGUGUUACAAGUUUGAAGAAGUUCUAGAGCAACCUCACUGCCUUGAAAAUGUGUCUAGAUCCUAUCGCAGGGGCCGUGCAAUAUGAGCUUUUAUUUUUCUGUAAAAAAAGUGAUAAUUCUACACUGCCUUGAAAUCUGUUUAAAUCGUAUCGUAGUGGGCAGGCGAUAUGCCGUUUUAUUUUUUUUGUACAAACAUUGUUACUGUUCAGAUUUAUCCGUAAGUUGUUGUCUUCUGAAGUAUUCUGGAUAAGGAGUUAACUCAAUCACAUAAAACUACUCAAUCCCUAA